AUGUCCAUGAGACUUCCAUCUUCCAAUUUAUUUGGAGCAAAUGAAGCACCACAGUUUGACACUUGGAAUCUCGCAAACCGACCUGUUAUCUGUGAGUCCUACACCUUAACCACCAAAUACCGACAGUGUAAAAAUCCCGUCACCAGAAGAUUCAAGGGCGUGCUCGGCUUCAAACGGAAGCGGCGACCAGAGUCUCGUGCUGAAAGCGAGGGCGGGGAGUCCAACCAUAGUCAUGGUACAUCCGACAUCGACUUCGAGAAGGAAUUCCCUGAUGACUUUGAUUACGAUGCUGAUAUACAAGAGGAUACAGACCCAAAGACCAUAAUCAAACGCACCCCUUGCCAGGAAUUAUACAUCCGGUCUUGUAAGUUCCUUGACGUAAUCCCUGCGUCAACCUUUAUACGUCAUCUUGGGGACGAAAAAAUCCAAUUACGUCACCACUUCCUUGGUCCUGAUGGAACAAAAGCUUGCUGUAUGGCGCUUCUGAGUAACUCAACAGUAACAACCCUGGAUUUAAUGGACACUAAUCUAGGGGCGGAUGGAGCCCGCCAUAUUGCUGAUCUCCUACGAGAAAACCACUUCAUCACGGAACUGUCGGUGGCAGAAAACGAGCUGGGCAUAGAAGGCAUAAGGCCAAUUCUGGAAGUUGUGGAACAACUAGACAACAUUAUAAGUCUUAAUCUCUCUGGUACUGGAUUAAAGGAGAAAGAUGCCGAGGAGUUUCGGGGAAUAUUUGAGGAAACUCAGCAUUUGAAGCGAUUAAUUCUCAGUCACAAUGAGUUCCGGGAGAUUGGGGGCGAAAUUUUCGGAGAGCUAAUUGGAUUUAACGAUACUAUUGAGGUGCUUGAUCUAAGCUGGAAUCAUCUACGUAAUACAGGUGCUAAAGAACUUGCUGCAGGACUCGAGGAAAAUAAAGGUUUGCGGGUCCUGGACGUGUCGUGGAAUGGUUUUCAUCUGCAGGGCUGUAAACAGCUGGCGGACGCCCUCCUGGUGAACACAGAGUUACAGGAACUUAACUUGAACUGUAACAGAAUUAACAAAGACUGUCUGGAAAAGCUACUGAAAGGCUUCAAACAGAACACCACUCUCAGAACACUCAGGUUGGCUUGGAAUCCUAUUACGUCACCAGGUGCGCAGUUGGUGCUUAACAUGUGCGAGGAGCGACCGGAUGUAGGACUGAAGGAAAUCGAUAUUCACACCCAGUUGGUAGAGCCAUCGUUUACGGAGGCAGCACACAAACUGGACACAGAGCGGGGGAUAAAAAUCCUGUAUGGUAUGGUCCGGGGUCAGGACCCCAAGGACGGGGAUCAGGACGAGGACGGGUUGCUUCAGGAGAACCCCACCCUGGUACUGAUGGAGUUCGCUCGCCUGAUGGGCUUCCGGCCAGUGGAUCUAUUGUCCACGUUUGACAAGGACAAAAGCAUGUCACUGGACAAAGCGGAGAUUAAAAUGGGACUUAGGUUGUAUUGUAUCCCGUUGUCCGAUCGUUGUCUGGAUUUCAUGGUACAAAAACUGGAUGUAGAUGGCGAUGGAGAAAUUGAUCUCAAGGAAGUGAUGCAAGCCAAGACAGAGUACAAGCUGAAGGAAAGAGAGAUGCACAAUGCCUCAAAGAACUGGAACUUUGACAUAGAAAACACAGACAUCGGACGCGUUCGAAUUAAACUUCAGAGAUUGAUGCAAAAGAAAAUGGACGGCAAUCCCACAUUCAGGGCGCGCGUGGACUUAUUCCAAGAGGCCCUCAAAGAGGGUAAACUCAAAUCCGUGUACAAUGACAAAAAAGACAAAGCAAAGGAACGAGAACGAAUUCAACAGAAACGGAUGUUCAAACGACAGCAGGCGGACGACUCUUUUGAUGAUGAGGGACACUCUAAGUUAAAACUUGACCUUGAAAUUGUCUCCCAGGAGAUGGCGACAGAGAACUCGAGAAUAGGGAGCGGAUCCAGGAGAGCAAGUGCACGUCCAACUUCCGGACUUCAAAAAUUAAAAGAAAACCGAAGAAGUAGUGACUCACAAUCACCGAAAACUUCCCGGCCGAAUUCUAGCCUAUCUUCCCGCCCUAUUUCUGGGCGCUCCACCCUCCGACCAAAUUCUGGUCACCCCAGUUCCACAUCUCGCCCUAAGUCCACACAGUCAAGUCAAGCGGGGAAUUCCAGUACCAGAUCUUCACGGCCAGGCUCCCCUCUGAUUAACACAGGGAGGAGAGACUCGAAAAAUCUGUCAUCUAAUCCAAACUCUGAAAGAAGGAGUGGUUCUAAUGGAAAUGAUUGGAAACCCCUCAAUUUCUGAUUCACUCUGUGAUUUAAGUUAUUUAUAAAUAAAGCAUGUUUAUUGAAAGAGUUAAA